GAUCCCAAUAACAAACCAAGGAUUCCUGUUUUAUACAAAAAGAAUAUAUUGUGUGAACAAAACCAUAAACACCAAACAGUUAGUUUAUUUGGGUCACUAGAAUAGAAACAAAUUAAUAAAUAUAUUUGUUCAUUUUAUAGCUAUAUAAUAUUUCAACAGGACGAAAUUUAUAAUAUGAUUUCUUCUUUGAGCAUGAACAGAAAUGCUUUUUGUAUUUUUAAUGUGUGUACUUUUUAACUGUUUUAACCAAAAGAAAAGCCACCCAGCUGUUUAUACAGAUUGAAAACAAUAUAGCACCGAAAAAAUUAUUGGUUUUGCCAAAUUUUAACUUAAACUACCUUCCAUAUCUGAAAUUAAAAAAUUAAUAAAUUACAGCACGACCGCAUCAAUACAGCACGUUCCAAAAGAAACAUAAUAAUAUACCCCUCAAGUACUGUAUUGAUGCAAGACUGUUUACUUGUCACCAUGGUAACGACGUUAACUGAAAAAACCUAAAUCUACGAGUUACGUCACAAAAUAUACGUUAACGUUAGUUUACUCUGCCCACAAUUUCCAGCCAAUCAUAGAACACGUCGAUAACGUAACUAGACACAAACAGGAAAAGAUUAGUAACAGACACUAACUCUAACCAAUGAUAUCACGGUAUCUGUCAUGAGGGGCGUGCCGCCGCCCGGCUUUUAUGACAGCAAGUAUAGACCCAGAUUAUUCACCCUCUGAGGAAGAAGCACAAUAAGAGGCUUUGAAACGCGUAAGGGAUUUUUCACUACAAGACUUUGUUUGUUUGUUUGUUUGUUUCGGGAGUCAAUUUUGACUUCAUUAUUUCACCGUCUUGACUUUGCAUAUAUUAUUGUUUUUAUCACGUUGUAUUACCUGACUGUAUAUACAUAUUUUAAAACGGACACCACUGGACCUGUGGUUUAACACAUCUUUGUGAGAUAUUUUCCGUGAAACUAAAAGGAAAAACACUCGCACACCAGAUCCUUUAAGGGGAACAACACAGGCUAACACUGAGUGUCUUUUACAUACCUCAUAUGUUUGAGGAUUGAACAUGUGAGUGGUCACUUGUCUUUUUAUAUUACUUUUUAUCUAAAUAAAAACGAUUUUACGCUAUGUUUUUCUCUUCUGCCUUUAUUUCCAUAUAAAUACUGCGGGGAAAUUGGAGAAAUUCCAUUACCAGCAUACGGAACCCAUACUCUAAGAGGAGAAGGCAAGGAACACAUAAUCCAUACUCUGAGAGGAGAAGGCAAAGACACAGAACACAGAAUCCAUACUCUGAAAGGAGGAGGAAAACAUACAGAAUCCAUACUCAAAUAGGAGAAGGCAAGACUCAGACGGUCAUAUAUCUACCCACACUACUGGAAUCCUGAAGUUUUUCACUUACAAGAGGCGGCAACUUACCUCAUACGAUUGAGGUUUGUUCUAGUCAUUUUAUAAAAAGGAUGGAGACCGAGGUUAAUGAGAACCUCAGUGCAGCUCACAGAGGCACUCAACCCCUGGGGACAAUAGUCCUGGAAAAGAAGGAGAAAAAGAGAGUGAAAUUAAAAACACGCUUAAGUGAGAAAAUAAAGAAAAAUUGUAUUUGCUCUAAUGUGAAAGCCAAAGACUUUCUUUUGUCAUUUUUUCCCAUUUUGAGGUGGCUGCCAAAAUAUAAACUAAAAGAGUAUUUAUUGGGUGAUGUUAUGUCUGGGCUUAUUGUGGGCGUUUUGCUUGUGCCUCAGUCAAUUGCCUAUUCACUUUUGGCAGGGCAGGAACCUGUAUAUGGUCUGUACACCUCAUUUUUUGCCUGCAUCAUUUAUUUCCUUAUGGGAACCUCUAGACAUAUUCACGUUGGCAUCUUUGGAGUGCUGUGUUUGAUGGUGGGUGAGGUGGUGGAUCGUGAGCUGCAAGCUGCUGGAUAUGACAAACUAGACAGCCAUGGUGGCUAUUUGGCAAAUGCCAAUGAGCUGAAUGUCAACAACACACAUCUGCCGAUGGGUGUGAACCAGACAUCAGAGCGGACAUGUGACAAGAGCUGUUAUGCCAUCACAGUUGGUGCCACUGUGACUUUUAUGGCUGGCGUGUAUCAGGUCGUAAUGGGCCUUUUUCAAGUUGGUUUCGUUUCUGUGUACCUCUCUGAUUCGUUACUCAGUGGAUUUGCCACAGGUGCCUCUUUCACAAUCCUCACUUCCCAAGUGAAAUAUCUUUUAGGUGUAAGUAUACCAAGAGCCAAUGGUGUUGGCUCUCUUAUCUACACUUGGAUUUACAUAUUCCAGAACAUUCACUUGACUAAUAUAUGUGAUCUGAUAACCAGCAUUGUGUGCCUUCUUAUCCUGAUUCCUGCCAAAGAACUCAACGAGUGUUAUAAAUCUAAACUCAAAGCUCCAAUUCCUAUUGAGUUAUUUGUGGUUGUUGGGGCCACUCUUAUAUCCCACUUUGGCCAUCUCAAAGAGAAAUAUGGGUCUAGCAUAGCAGAGACAAUUCCCACUGGAUUUCUACCACCUAAAGCACCAGAGUGGAGCUUAAUCCCUAAUGUUGCUUUGGGUGCUCUGUCUAUUGCCAUUAUUGGAUUUGCAAUAACUGUGUCCCUUUCAGAGAUGUUUGCCAAAAAACAUGGCUACGAGGUCAAAGCCAAUCAGGAGAUGUAUGCUAUUGGAUUUUGCAACAUCAUCCCAGCCUUUUUCCACUGCUUUGCAACUAGUGCAGCUCUUGCAAAAACUCUGGUCAAAGAAUCAACAGGUUGCAGAACCCAAAUCUCAGGAAUUAUGACAUCUCUGAUUAUUCUAUUGGUUUUAUUGUUGAUUGCCCCGCUAUUUUAUUCACUUCAGAAAUGUGUCCUUGGCGUUAUAACCAUUGUAAAUCUAAGAGGUGCUCUUAGAAAAUUUGGUGACUUACCCCAAAUGUGGAGGGUUAAUAAAGUAGACACAGUUAUUUGGUUGGUUACCAUGUUUUCUUCAGCUCUAAUUAGCACAGAACUUGGUCUGUUAAUUGGUAUUGCAUUCUCAAUGCUCUGUGUCAUUGUCAGAUCUCAAAUGCCAGUGUCUACUCUGUUGGGAAGAGUAGAUAACACCGAAGUGUAUGAGUCAAUAAAUGCAUAUGAACACCUUAUAACCACCCAAGGCAUUAAGGUCUUUCGUUUUGAAGCCCCUUUGUAUUAUGUAAACAAACAAAGCUUUAAAUCAUCUUUAUAUAAAAAUAUUGGUGUUAACCCCUUAACAGUUGCAGCUGCAGAACGAAAGAAGUCCAAGAGGAAACUGAAGUUACAGCAGGAAGAAAACAUAAAGGACAUCAAUAAUACUCAAGUAGAGCUGUUACAAAAAACCUACAAGGAGCAAAAGCCAGUACACACUGUUGUCCUUGAUUGUGGAGGCAUUCAGUUCAUAGACACAGCAGGGAUGAUUACUUUGAAAGAGGUUCUGAAAGAUUAUAAAGACAUUGCUGUCCGUGUGUUGUUGGCUCAGUGCAAUAUUUCUGUUAGGAAUUCCCUUCAAAAUGGAAAUUAUUUUCAGAAAGAUGAAAGCAGAAUGCUUUUUCAUAGUGUGCAUCACGCAGUCCAAUUUGCACUGUAUAAGCAGGAAGAGGAAGAUGAGUGUGUUAAUGGAACAACAGUUUAAAAAUAUCUAUAACUAUGGAUAGGCACAAAAAUACAUUUACACUAAUAAUAAGGGACAUGGAAAUACUAUUUUUUUUAUCAUACAUUUAGAAGAACACCUUUAAUCAUUCAUCUGCUUAGAACUUAGAUGUAUUAUACAGCUGCAUAAAUAUAUGUUUGCCUUUUCAUACAUAUUAUACAAUUAAAUAAACAGCUUACUAAAUAAUGAUUUGGGGCUAAUCACUAUCCAAUUGUACACUUUACAAUUGAUUGUAAAGACAAAAUCUUAAAAGAUUGUAAUGGUGUUUUUGUAUCUGCUAGUAAGUUUACAAAUAGAAUGUGAUCUGGAUGAUUCCUUUAGCUACAUGAAAAUGAAUUAUAGCUUUGAGAAUGAGGGAGGGUGUAGCUGUGUGCUGCAAAUAAAUUAAAGGGAUAUAAAAAUGCAAAAAGAAUAUAUUCUGAUAUGACAUUUUAUUAUUGUGCUAUUGCUUCUAUAAAACUUUGUUUAACUUAUGCAGAGGAUUAAACACAUAGUUAAAGUAAGAUCCAGAAAAGCAAUGCACUACUGGGAGCUAAACACAUCUCGUGAGAGAGUGAUAAGGGACACGUGUGUAGCCAGCUAGUUCAAAGUAGUGAAAAAAUAUGUACAUAUGCUUUUCAACUACUGAUACCAAGAGAACAAAGUAGAUUUGAAAAUAAAUCUGAAUUUAAAAGUGUCUUAAAGUGAUUUGCUCUAUCUGAAUCAUGCAAGUUUAAUUUUGACUUUCCUAUCCCUUUAAAGGGACAGUUAACUUUAAAAAUAGUUUUUCCCUGAAUGAGUUCCCCAUGACUUGUUGUACCAGCUGCAGCAUAUAAAAUGUAUGGCAAAUUGCUCAUUUAUGCUACUUUUUGCAAAUUAAAUAGCUGGAUUUGCUAUUUGAAACCACAGCCCAUCAAAAUGGUUUUGACUUGCAGACAGAUCAGAUCUCGUUAUCGUAUCACUCAAAUGCUUCCCUUUCUUAUCUGUGUCUCUGUAGAAUACUUCGAAAAAACUAUUGGAAAUUAACAUUUUAGAGCUUUAUCUCUUAAACCUCCCACUGUUAGUGUAAUUUCUUUUGCUGGCUGUGUUUAUAUAGCUUAUCAAUAGCCUAUACCUAGGUAUAGAAACUUCAGUAUAGGUAGGGAUACAGGCUAAAUCAGCUAUUUCAAAUGCCAAUAAAAUGGCUAAGGAGCUAUUUGUAAACAAUUUAAUAUACUCCAGCAGGUAAAAUGGAUCAUUGGAAAGAAAUUAAAGGAGAGAACGUUUUUGGGUAAACUGUCUCUUUAAGGUUUACUUAACUUUAUAUCACUCAUCGGGCAAAAAAAAUUUUUUUAAAAUCUUUAAAACCUGUUCUCCAUAAAUGAUUUAAAAUUUAGACUUUCCAUGUCUCUUAAAUUCAUUACACUAUAUAUUUAUUUUUCUGGAACCUGGUACCAUUUCAUGUAUUAAAGGGACAUUAAACCCAAACAUUUUCUUUCAUGAUUCAGACAGAGAAUACAAUUUUAAACAACUUUCCAAUUUACUUCUAUUAUCUAAUUUGCUUCAUUCUUUAGCUAUCCUUUGUUGAAGAAAUAGCAAUGCACAUGGGUCAGCCAAUCACGCGAGGCAUCUAUGUGCAGCCACCAAUCAGCAGCUACUGAGCCUAUCUAGAUAUGCUUUUCAGGAAAGAAUAUCAAUAGAAGUAAAUUAGAAAGUUGUUUAAAAUUGCAUUCUCUAUCUGAAUCAUGAAAGAAAAAUUUGGGGUUUAAUGUCCCUUUAAGCACAGCAUUUCUAUUGACAGAAUUAGAGAACACCAGCAAACAUGCUAUUAUUAUUCUGUAUUAGUACAUGCAAAUGAACUGGAUAUGGUCAUCAGCAUAAAUAUUAUUGCACAAUUAUUUCCAGCACUUUUAUUAAAAACAUGAAAACAAGUUGCUAAGUAGGAAAAAAAGAUUAUUUUUAUAUUUACGAUGCAGAUUACAUUAAUUCCUCUUGUGAGAGAAAUUGUUUACUGGUACAAGCUAAGUAAUGACGUUUUCCUUGGCUACAUUCCCAGUGCCUUCUGGCUGAGUAGGACAAUUUAAUAUAUAAUCAUCAGCACUGUCUUUUGUCAUAACAUGCACUUAGAAUUACUGAAUUCUCCAGAGUUUUCCUUCCUUUUUGAGUUCUGAUAGAAAAAAAAACAAUUUAACUUUGCUUUUUUUUAGCUUUGGUUUUGAUGUCUUAAAUUGUCCCAGAAAUAUUAGCACUUUAUUAUCAACAACUCGAUAAUAUACCCAAAAUAAUGAUAUCUUGCAUAUUUAUUUAAGGCAUUAAUACAACUAGAUUGUCUUGUAUUUGUUUCUCAUGUCUAGAAAAUGAUAAAAAAUAAUAAUUAUGUGAAUACAAUUCACACUGAUUUUAUUAUAUGUAGUUGUUAUAUUAUGCUUAUUAUGCCACCAGAAUUCAGGGAUUACAUUUUUAUUAAAAGGCUAUAUUGUUUUCAGGAGAGUAAGCAUCCACUCUGCAAAACAAAUGUACUAGGUCUUAAAACAAAUUUUUGAGCAAUAGAUACCUUAUUAAGGGUAUACAUAUUAUUUUCCUACAAAGAGUAGGAAUAUCUUUUUAUUGAGUAAUAAGGCUGUAAAAUGUACCUUAAACUAAGCUGUUUAACCAUAGUUAUGUAAGAGUGGCUCUGUAAUGUAUCCAGGUGAUUUUCUUUUUAAUUUGACAUGCUUGUUGACAUUUUACCAUAUUUACUCAACAACUUGGGCUUUUACUGGAAGAAGUGAGCUUCUGCCUUGAACAGAGGACAGUAUAUACCAGCAAAUUGGUUUCAAUUUUCACACUUCCUUCAUUCAUCAAUUCUCAUGAUGAAUGAAGGAAUACCUGUAGCAUUAAAGCAUAAUGUGUUCAAAACUUGCACUAUACUAGUUAACACCUGCACUGUUUAUGCUCUCGACCAUUUGCACUCAUGUGAGUUGGUUUUUGCUACUGCUAAACAGAUUGCAUUGUAUUAAAUGCAAUGUCUAUAUUUCUGCACUCAAUUCCCUUCAUUUUUCAUUGGAUUGUUACCUAAUAUUUUGGGUAAUGUUACACUAAUAGAUAAUAGAUACAAAUACAUCUUGCCAUUCUCCUGAUCAAGUUGAGUUGGUCAGGAUUUAAAAAUGACAAACUACCUAUCAUCUAUCUAUCUAUCUAUCUAUCUAUCAUCUAUCUACAGUAUCUAUCUAUCUAUCUAUCUAUCUAUCAUCUAUCUAUCUAUCUACAGUAUCUAUCUAUUUAUCUAUCAACUAUGAGGUAUUAAAAAAUGUGGAUCUCUAAUGAGUCCCUUUCACCCAAUAUGUUACAAUAAUGCUAGAAUUGUUUAAUGGCAUCUUACUAGAUGUGCUGGUUUUAAAAGUAUUGGCUUUAUCUGACUGUAUGUAAAUGAGACCAGGUGGGAGACAUUGGCAUUAACAUUAGCUGCAGAACUGUACACGUUUGGUGAUGUUGCCUUGGCAAUAUUACCUGGAAUUGUAACCGUGGAAACACUACUCAGUCACUAAAGUUUUUUAUUAUCUAACUCAACAACGAAUACAGGUUUUUAGAGGCAGGUCAGUAUUACAUUGGUGUAAAUAAUGGUGUAAAAAGGUGGAGAUGUUAUUGCUAAGGAUGGUUAUGGUAUACAUUAUUACAAUCACAACUCUGAUUCAUUCAUUAAAUAAUUCACUGUAAAAAUAAGAGAAUAGAUGUUAAAAUGACAAUAUUUUUGCAAUUUAAAAAGCUAUCAUGUCUAAUAGUAAUUUAAAAAGCUAUCAUGUCUAAAAGUAAAGGUGUCUAUAUGAAGCUCCAUAGCUGGUUGGUGUAAACAAACGUUGUAUAGCACAUGACAAUAGUGAUAGCUUUCACUGGUUUCAAGUCCUAUAGGUAUUAGUGGCUAAUGCUGGAAACAUUCUGCUAGUAUUAAUUUCUGCUCCUCUAAUUUAAUGACGUAAAAAGAUAAAUUGAUACUAGUGCUAGAGGGACAGUCCAGACCCAAUACUUAUUCUUUAUUACUUAUUGUUAUAUACCAGACAAGCAUCUUGCAGCAGGUUCUACAUCUAUAAGCGUGUAAGAAGUACAUGAAACUAUUAAAUAAUCGUUUGUUAGCAGCCAGAAAAUGGCCGCCAAGCUCCGUCCACAGCUUUCUUCUUGUCUAUUUUGCUGUUUAGCAGAGCACGUUUAUUAUUUUUCAGUUAACUAUUUCAAAUUGCACAUGCACAAAACAGCGUGUGCGAGUAGGAAAACUUAUUUAAGAGGCAAACGAGAUUUGAGAAAUUUAACAUACCAAAAUAUACACUCAGUAGGUGAGCGGAGCUUGGCUGCCAUUUUUAGCUCCUAAUAAUUGAUGAAUGUUUAAAUGUUUCUUGUACUUCCUACAAUAGAUAUGGGAUCAGUUGCAGUAUGGUUCUCUGGUAGGUAACAAUAAGUAAUCAAAAUGAUGUAUUGGGUCUAGACUGUACCUUUAAAUGCUUUGAAACAAUAGUCUUGGGCUGGCUUUUGGCACUGGUUUUGCAGUUGCUACUAAACAACUCUGCCACUGUCAAGUUAAAGUCCAUUGUAAUCUUGGCCUCAAUCUAAACAUCUUUUUGGGAUCUUGUGUUAUUUUGGAGAUGUUACUUUUGGAAAUAUGAAGAGCAUGGACAAAGAUUACAUUUGCCAUGAUGUUAAAGGCUUUACAUAUGAUCUGUGCUACAGGAAUCAAAAAUUGUUUCCUUUUAGUCCUGACUUGUUUAAAAUAAAGUUAGUAAAUUUACUCUUCAGCUCUAAUAGAGAUUCACAAUUUAUUCUGACUGUGGGUACAAGACUGUUACUUAUUUGUUAUGUAGUUAUGAGCAGGGAUGGCACAUGGGGUUUCAUGUACCCUAGGCCAGACUUAAAAUGUGUGCUCUGGUUGUAUUUUGUACUUAUAGCUGCUUUUCUCUCCAUUUAAUUAUAAUAUUUAUCUGUUUGCUGUAUAUUAUUAUGAGUUAUUGUAUGAUGUGGUAAGGGUGAAAGAAUUGCCCUGCAUUCUUUUAACUGUAUUGGGGGGUUGCCUUGGGAUGGGAACAAGAGGUUAGGGAUGUCCUGCAUUGAUGUUCAGGGAUGGUGGUAUGGGAUUGCCCUGCAUUGAUUCAGAGGAAUGGCAUUAUGGGAUUGCUUAUUGGUGCAUGGGGAUUGGUUGAUUGCAAUACAUUGAUGGGCACGGUUGGGUUAAGGAAUAGCUUGCAUUAGAGCCCAGCAUGUGCGUAGCACAUAACUGAUAGCUGAGCUUUAUUUGAAAAUACACAGUAUCCCACACUCUCCUUCCCACAUAAUAACCCGUUAUAGUCCAACACUCUGUGUACACAAACUGUGGGCGCUCACAAUCACAGUAUGGUUUGUUCUUGCUUCUAAAAUUGCUGUCUGGGUCUCGAGAGUGCUGACAUGGAUACCAGGUCUUAGUGGUGAGGGAUAGAGGAAGAAGGGGGAGGAGAGGAGGUAGUGGAGAGGCUUAGGCAACUGGAGCUCACCAAAGCAUGGGAAGGUGUGUGGUCCAUAGUAUAUGGGGUCUCCCAAAAACCUGGGCAUUGGUGCCACUGCACCAUCUGUAGUUCCACUCCUGGUUGUAAUGCGUUCCUAGGUUUUUGUGCCCCAGGUGACUACCUAGGAUUGACUAAUAGAUGGAUAAGCCAUGAUUGGGAUCUGUGUGUAGGUUUAGUCACAGUUAAUCUUAGCAUAGGAUGUGACACAAUUUGAUAGUGUAUAUAAAUAAAAUGAAACAUUACAUUACUUAGUCAAUUUCUAA